CUCAAGAAGAGGUUCUAGAUUGUUGCAUGGAGCUCAUUCCAAGAAGAGUACAUCUGAACUUAGCCAAGAUAAGCAGAAUAAACAAGAAGGUAGCUCAAGACCUUCUUCAAUAUCCUCCUGAAAACUGGUGCAGAGCCUUCCAAACUCCAAGGUGCUCAACUUUCAUGGUAGACAACAAUAUCUCAGAGUCUUUUAAUUCGAGUAUAUUUGAUGCUAGACACAAACCAAUCAUUUCAUUGCUUGAGGACAUUAGGAUGAUAGUUAUGUCUAGGAUUCGGGAUGGGAGGUAUGUUGUUAGUUCAUGGAAAGUUUAUUGGUGUCCGAAUGCCAUGGAAUUGUUUGAAGCAAACAAACAAGAGUCAGUUCAGUGUAAUGUCUUAUGGAAUGGAGAUAAUGGUUAUGAGGUGAGUGAUGGAGAGGAUAAACACAUAGUGUUUAUAGAUACAAUGAGGUGUACAUGCAGGGCACGGGAGUUAACUGGUAUUCCCUGCUCUCAUGCAAUAGCUGCAUUUUACUCAAGCUCCAUGGAACCUCUGUCUGUUAUGAGCAAGUGGUACCAUAGGGAAACUUACAGGAAGUGCUAUGAACAUGCAAUACAACCUAUACCUGAUGUCAAAUUCUGGACUGUGAAGGAGAAUGAUGCCAUUGAGCCUCCACCAGUGGAGAAGAAAGUGGGUAGGCCGAAGAAGAACAGAGUGAGAGCUUCUAAUGAGCCAAGGUUGAAUCAUAAGCUUUCAAGAAAGGGGAAGGUGCAACACUGCAGUCUUUGUGGAAGUACAGCCCAUAAGAAAGACAAAUGCCCUCAAAGGCCUUCACAAUUAAGCAAAGAGUCACAGGCUUCUACAUCAUCCAAGUCUAGAAGAGGCUCACAUGCUGGAUUAGGGUUGUAUGUGAAUAUUGAGACUGGAAAACAGGUCCUCAAUCCCGGAGGAUCCCAAUCCAUUGUCAUAAAUGAAGGCACACAAAGGGAGAGUGAUCCAAAUACUAGAUUCCCUAUACCAAAUGAAGCUCAAUUAAGGAAGGAAAAGAGGAAAAGAGAGCCCUCAAAGAAGCAAGCAAUAGAGCCAUUCAAGGCUCCACAAAAGAAGAAAGAAGAUGACAAGUGCAAUGCGCAAAAUUCGUAUAGUCCAUUUGAAUAA